UGGGGGAUUCUCUGCCCUCUCCGCUCUGAUCUCUGUGUUCUUUUGACAGAUUUUGGAGAAGAAGCUUAAGAAGACUCGUAACCCGGAGCUGAAGGAGCAGAUAAAGCAGUUGGUGCUGCGGAUGAAUCAGCAGGAAGAAGCUGCCAAACAGAAGCAGAGGCUGCGGGAGAGAGAGGCUGAUUUCAAGAGACAGCAGAGAGAGCAUGCCCAGCAGGGGAAGAGACCGUUCUACCUCAAGAAAGGUGACUUCCGCAAGUUGGAACUGGCUGACAAAUAUCAAGAGUUGAAGAAAAAGGGGAAAGUGGACAAUUUCUUGAGUAAAAAGCGAAAGCGAAACUCUAUUAAAGACAGAAGGAGGCUUCCCAGUUCCCAGCAGUAGUGGUGAAGGUCGGCUCUCCUCUGUGCUGCGGCUCCUCCGUCCUUCCUCCCGUUGAACAUUUCCCGAACAAAUUAUGGUUGUGAAAUCCUCUGUGUUCACUACAUCUGGUGUGAUGCUCUGCAGGGAUGUAGUAAUCUGCUCACAAUGUCUGUUCUGAUGAUCUAGAGGGGUUGAGCUCCCUGCUUACAGCAUCUUGUGUGAUGCUCUGCAGAGGUGGCGUCCUCUCCGCUCUCUAUGUGCUGAUAUAUUAUCUGCAGUCUGGUGUGAUGCUCUGCAGUUUAGAUGCUGUAUGUGAUAUCCGCAGGGGUGGGGGUUAUGUGUUGUCUGUGUGUGCACACGGGGGCCCCGCUGUGCCCGCGCUCAGUACUGUCCUGUACAGGCGGCGUCCAUGCCUUACAGUAAUAAACGUCUGCCGCUCUGUCUCUGUCA